AUGAUAGGAACUGUCAGAAAUAUUCCGAUAGCGAGUCUACAGUUGGGUUCAUCCCUCAACCCCGACACUAUUCGAGAGGGUACGGAUGUGUAUUUCGACUGUCUGAUACAGGCUCAGCCAUCAGUUUACAAAGUGGAAUGGCGUCACAAUGGUCGACUGCUUAACCACAACAUUGGACAAGGGGUCAUCAUCAGUAACCAGAGCCUUGUCCUUCAGGGUGUCAGUAGAACCAGCGCCGGAAACUAUACGUGUGUGGGCUACAACACGGAGGGAGACGGUGAAAGCAGUUGCUUCUAUCUCAACGUGAUGUACGCUCCGACGUGUAGGGCGAACCAGACGCGGGUCCACGGAGUCGCGAAGCAGGAGAAGGCCAAUAUCUCGUGUGAAGUGGAUGCCAAUCCGCCAGACGUUCAUUUCCGAUGGACGUUCAACAACUCUGCGGAGAGCCUGGACGUGGCUUCGGCCCACAUCGCUCGGUCCGGCACCUCCAGCGUCGUGACGUACACUCCCAUGACGGAGCUCGACUAUGGAACUCUGUUGUGCUGGGCCUCCAAUCGCAUCGGCAACCAGCGAGUGCCUUGCGUCUUUCACAUCAUCGCAGCAGGUCGACCAGAUCAGGUAUACAACUGCACCGUUGCCAACACAUCCAUGACGUCAUUCUCAGUGCACUGUACGCCAGGUUUCAACGGCGGAAUGGAGCAGUCGUUCCUUAUGGAAGUCAGGGAGUCUCAGAGCCAAGCGCUGCGUUCCAAUUUCUCCUCAGCGGUUCCCAGGUUCAGUGUAACAGGACUCCAACCCGGAUCCCACUACCAAGCCUGCGUGUAUUCCUUCAACCACAAGGGCCGGAGCGAGCCCGUCGUUGUCCAGGCAUCCACGCUAAGACUCCCAGAGAAACAGCUCACCGCAGAGAAAGAGCGACCGCGCCCCGGGUUUCGCUUCACGCCCACGAUGAACAUGCUGAUCGGGGUGGUGGCAGCACUGUUGGUCCUAGCCGUGGUGGUCGGUUUCGUGCUUCGCCUCCAGUGUUCGCGUAACGAAGGUCGUCGUAAACGCCAUAAAGCCGCCGCUCAAGAGCAGAGGAUGUCCGGUUCCGGGGGCGGAGGCUCCGGAGGUGACAAGGGUGGCAGCAGCCCCAUCAACAAACUUGACCCCGGUGGUACGGAGAGCGGGGACAGUGACGAGAAGAAUCCUGACGUCAUACCGCAGCCUAGCUCUGUUGACUCGGAAGAUCACGCAGACUACGUCCGGAGACGUCAACACAUAUCAACAAUUGAGACCACGUCGCCAUCUCGAAGCCUGCUGCAACAGGGUCUUCCUGCAGCCGCGGGGGGUAGUUCGGCCUACGCGGGUUAUUGUACCCUGCGCAACGGCAUGCCCCUUCAGGACCUCAACAACAUUGGGAGCAAACCGAAAAUGAAGCCUGGCGGGGAAGGUCCAUCGUACCAGCCCUCUGGCUGUACGCUACCGCGCCAGCAUUGGCCCACGUACGCACCAGGUGUCCGGCACCAUCAGCAGGUGCCAGGGGGUCCCAUGUGUUCCACGUCAUAUCCAGUAGCGUCACUGCACCACCACUCAAACCCCCACCUGCCCCUCCAGGCCCCUCAGCUGCCACCCGAAGCCUCAACAUCGACGGCCACUGGAGUUAUCAAAUCUCAGAAGCAACCCCUGCUAUUGGCGGGACCUGCGCUGACUGAAGAAGACCACGCAACAGCGGAAACCCCUCUCAUGGUCACUAAACGGGAAAGUACUGUCUGACUAGUGACGAAGUUGUAAAAUUAUUAUUUUACAACUCCGAGUGUAAGACAACAUUUGCGUGUAGUUUGACCGGAAGUGCGUUAAACUAUGCACAUGCACAUUUUUUAAGAGAAAUUUUAUAUCAAGUGUCCUUUUUUAAUCAUAACAGCCUACUAAAUGACAUUUCGUAUAAAAUGGAACGUGGAUUUAAAAUACGAUGUUGCUAAUGGUGUGUGACGUAAUAUCAAAGUUAUGAGUGUUUUCGUUUUGUCUGCCGUGAAAGAGAAAGACAACAUGGAGGAGCCCGUCUCAGAUUUAUCGGCGCUCUCAGAACUAAUCGAUUGAACGAAAAAUUCGAAUCAACGAAACAAAGACAAAGUCUAUAUAUGAAACAUUUAACUCUUUUAAGUGUACAAAGGGGUGAGAUUUUUUGUGUUUUAAAAAUACUCAUACAGCAUUCCUUCGAAUAUUUUCAUUUGCACCUAAUUGUUAGUGUGGAAAUAAAAAUAACCUUGGACUUUUCAAGAAUCAA